CGUCUCCCCGGGACUCGGACGCUGAAAGAAGAAGUUGCUCGCCCCGCGCUGUCGCACGUUAGCGGGGGGAAAAAACAAGCACCGAGAGAGGGAAGCGUCCCUCUCACCUGCCGCCCGAGGACGAGCCGUGUGCCUGGGGUGUUAAACCGGAGUAAGCGGGACUGAAAGGCGGAAGGGAUAAGAAGCUCCAUCCCCCUGUGGAAGCGCCAGGAGCCAACGUGCAGCACCGGACCGUGUGUGGAGCUAUCGAGGGAAAUGACAUAAACACACAGCCGGAGAUGGUCUACUACCCGAGGGGACCUUCACAGACACUGCUGCUGCUACUACUGUGAACUUCUCUGUCCUAAAACUACAGACCGGAGAGGGAGAGCGGACCAGAGAAAGUAGUGCGUCUCCUUCUUCUCCUUCUUGUUAUCAGCAGCUAAAGGAUUAAUGAUGCCGGACCAAAUCACAGUUUCGGAGUUUGUGGCGGAGACGAAUGAGGACUACAAGUCGCCCACCGCCUCCAACUUCACCACCAGGAUGUCCCACUGCAGGAACACAGUGGCUGCACUGGAGGAGGCUCUGGAUGUGGACCGCAGUGUUCUGUACAAGAUGAAGAAGUCUGUGAAAACCAUCUACACGUCUGGUCUGGCCCAUGUGGAGAAUGAGGAGCAAUACACGCAGGCCCUGGAGAAGUUUGGAGAAAACUGUGUGUACAGAGACGAUCCUGAUCUCGGUUCAGCCUUCCUCAAGUUCUCUGUCUUCACGAAGGAGCUCACUGCGCUUUUCAAAAACCUGUUCCAAAACAUGAACAACAUCAUCACCUUUCCUCUGGACAGCCUGCUGAAAGGAGAGCUGAAGGGAGUCAAAGGGGAUCUAAAAAAGCCUUUUGACAAAGCCUGGAAGGACUACGAAACUAAAGUCACCAAGAUAGAGAAGGAGAAGAAGGAGCACGCGAGGCAGCACGGGAUGAUCCGGACAGAAAUCAGCGGGGCGGAGAUCGCUGAGGAGAUGGAGAAGGAGAGGAGAUUCUUUCAGUUGCAGAUGUGUGAGUAUCUCCUCAAAGUCAAUGAGAUCAAAAUCAACAAGGGAGUGGACCUGCUGCAGAACCUCAUCAAGUACUUCCAUGCACAGUGCAAUUUCUUUCAGGAUGGUCUUAAAGCUGUGGACAACCUGAAGCCUUCCAUAGAGAAACUGUCCACAGAUCUACACACAAUAAAGCAGGUGCAGGAUGUGGAGAGGAAGCAGUUGACUCAGUUGCGAGACGUCCUCAAGUCGGCGCUACAGGUGGAGCAGAAAGAGGAUUCACAGGUGCGGCCGAGCACCACCUACAGCCUGCACCAGCCACAGGGCAACAAGGAGCACGGCACCGAGCGCAGUGGGUACCUAUUCAAGAAAAGUGACGGGUUGAGGAAAGUCUGGCAGAAGAGAAAGUGCACGGCGAAGAACGGAUACCUCACCAUCUCACACGGCACGGCUAAUCGGCCGCCAGCUAAACUCAACCUGCUCACCUGCCAGGUGAAACACAAUCCUGAUGAGAAGAGGAGCUUUGACCUCAUAUCACAUGACAGAACGUAUCACUUUCAGGCUGAGGACGACCAGGACUGUCAGAUCUGGAUCUCGGUGCUGCAGAACAGUAAGGAGGAGGCGCUGAAUCAGGCCUUUAAAGGGGACCAGCAUUUUGGCGAGAACAACAUUGUGCAGGAGCUGACCAAGGCAAUCCUCGGAGAAGUGAAGAGGAUGACGGGAAAUGACGUCUGCUGCGACUGUGGAGCCCCCAACCCGACGUGGCUGUCCAUCAACCUGGGUAUUCUCACCUGUAUUGAAUGUUCGGGGAUCCACAGGGAGCUGGGCGUCCACUACUCCAGGAUCCAGUCGCUCACUCUGGAUGUACUCAGCACCUCGGAGCUCUUGCUGGCCAAGAAUGUGGGGAACGCAGGCUUUAAUGAAAUCAUGGAGGCUUGUUUAAGUGCUGAAAAUGUGGUGAAACCCAACCCAGCCAGUGACAUGCAGGCGAGGAAAGACUUCAUCACAGCCAAAUACACAGAGAAACGUUUUGCCAGGAAGAAGGAUCCUGAGGCGAUGUCGCGGCUCCACACGCUGUGCGACGCCGUGAAGGCCCGAGACAUUUUCUCCCUCAUCCAGGUGUACGCCGAGGGAGUCGACCUCAUGGAGCCCAUACCUCUGGCCAACGGACACGAACAAGGGGAGACGGCCCUUCAUCUCGCAGUGAGACUGGUGGAUCGAACAUCUCUUCACAUUGUAGACUUCCUCACUCAGAACAGUUUGAAUCUGGAUAAGCAGACAGCCAAAGGCAGCACAGCGCUACACUACUGCUGUCUGACCGACAACAGCGAGUGUCUGAAACUGCUGCUGCGGGGGAAGGCCUCCAUAGAGAUCGCUAAUGAAGCCGGGGAGACGCCGCUGGAUAUCGCUCGCAGGCUCAAACACCUACAGUGUGAGGAACUGUUGAACCAAGCACUGGCUGGGAAAUUCAACGCCCAUGUCCACGUUGAGUACGAGUGGUGUCUGCAGCACGAAGACAUGGAUGAGAGUGAUGAGGAUCUGGAUGAGAAGCCCAGUCCUCAUCGCAGAGACGAGCGACCGGUCAGCUGUUACACCCCGAGCAGUAACUCCACCCUGGGCCCCGGAGGACGCGACGCCCUCUCCAAGGACAAGCAGCGUGGCUACAUGCCCAGCCUGGUGAACAACGAAACCUACGGCACCAUCCUCAACAACAACCAGAACGCCGCCACCUCCGCUCCGCCCUUGCCCCCGAGAAACCUGGUCCAGUUAUCCGGUCUAGGUGGGAUCAUUCAGUCCUCAGGGUCCGGCAGCUGGAAGCCCGGUCCUUUAGACCUGGUGGGGCGACAAAGGUCUUCCUCAGACCCCCCCAACAUGCACCCUCCUGUCCCGCCUCUGAGACUCACCUCGACUGGAGUUCCUCCUCCUUUGAACUUACAGUCCAAAUCAGGCCAGGGGCCCCCGGGGUCCAGAGCGGCACCCCCCAAGUCUCCUGCUGGCAACGAUAAAAGCUUCAACAGAGGUCCUCUAAAUCGAACCCAGUCCAUCGAGAGACCAGCUAAGGAAGUGCCAGGAUGCCCCCAGAACUCCAUAGGUCAGGCCCUGCCUCCAGCCACCAUGCCGAGGAAGGCCUACCCAAAGCAGAGGCCGAAGCGAGUGAAGGCCAUCUACAACUGUGCGGCCGACAACCUGGACGAGCUGACCUUCUCCGAGGGCGAGGUGAUCGUGGUGGAUGGAGAGGAGGACCAGGAGUGGUGGCUGGGCCACAUCGAAGGUGAUCCAAUGAGACGAGGAGCCUUCCCGGUCACGUUUGUGCACUUCAUCGCUGACUGAAAGAUCUCACUGGGUCUCAGGACGUGUCCCAGGACGCAGCGUCCCACCUCCACCCGCUGCCUGUGUCUGUCGACAACCACCAACCACAAACCCCCAACCCACCAACCCACCAUCAUCCCAUUGUUUGUCGACAUCAUCAGCAUCAUCUGCGUGCUUUGAGGAAGCGUUGCUGAUCCAUCACCUUAGCUGCAAAUUUGUGUGGCCGUCGCGGUAGCACACACACACGGGCCAGAAAGUGUCGGUGUCGUGGAUUUUAAUGCUUGCUGUUAACGUUUCUGAGACAGCCUCUUAAAAUUGAAGAAACUCUUUAUGAUUGUAGUGAACGGCCUCUCGCAAUAAAUGCACUUUCUUGUCUUUAUCCUUGCUACAACAUGAGACGACGUGACAUGAUGAAGGUUGUGUACAGAGUUCUUUUCUCCCGUUUUUCUGCAAAUGUACCAGUGAAGACUCCAGCAAUGUAUCUUAACUUUAACUAACGACUGUAAGAGUGAACGUAGACGACAGGCUUACAUUCCACCUCCGUGCAUGUGUGUUUUUAUAAAAGCCCAACUGCUUCUUGGUGUAGUAGCCCUCCUGUGUGGAGGUUUCUCUAUUGGUGCUAACUUAAACCCCAGAAUAUGCUCGAAGCUGCAACCAGGGGGCGCUAUCCUCCCUGUCCCUGUUUUGAUAGAGAGACAUUAAAGUGCUGCAUGUAAAAAAAAAAGCCUUCACCUCAGCUGUUCUGGGAGAAGAUGCUUCCCCCCCACGUGUGUGUAGAGUGAGAGAGCUGCACAUGAAUUCUGUGGUCACACACCUUACUCCCUUUUUUCUGCCUGAGCAAUUUUAGGAAAAUAUCCAACAGCAACACUUCUUCCUCCCGAGCUUCUUUGGGUCAAAGGAUGACAGUGACUGGAGCCAUAGCAGCAGCCAGUAAUCACCUUCAUGUCCAGUCUGACACCUCAGGCUGUUUUCACCUGACAUCUGCCCUAUUAGAGAAAGAGGGAGUGUGUGUCGGCUUCACAGAAUAAACUGAAGAUGACAGUAUUAAAGAAUAUUGAAGAAAGAGGAAAUCAAAAAAGUAAAAUCGAGUGAAUGUGAUGAAAAGCAGAAGUUGGCUGUGACUUCUGUUGCUUCCUCUUGUCUUUUAGCGCAUUAACGCUCCAACGUGCUGGGUUUUUUAUUUUUAUUUUGACGCUCUACAACCACACGCAGAGAAGAAUGUCCUUCCCACAGCUUAAGCAUCUCAUACUUGUACAUAACCGGGGUUCUAUAAUGUAGAAAGAUUAGUUGAUCUAUAGUGUUAUUAAAUAAAUAUAAAACACACAAUGUAAUUAACUUUAGUUGCAGAGCAACUUUCUUUCUGUUCAUAAUGUUGAUAUCGAGCCUUCCAUGGAUUUGUGAAUGACGAGAAGAGAAGCGUGUGAAUCACGGAGCUGAUUCACUCGCUCUCUUCAUCGUGUUUAAUAUGAACUCACUGGAAACAGGAAGAUUUAAUAACCUAUUCAUGUAAAUAUGUUUGGUUUGGUUUUGUUGAUAUUUAAAUGUAAAGAGCAGAGUUAGCGUGGGCAGUAAAUGUCCUUUUAAUGCACUGUGGUGAUGAGCAGUUAUAGUUGUGACCUCAGCUGGACCUGUGUGUGUACGUGCACGUGCGCUCAGAACACAAACACACUCACACUGCUGGGAAAAUACCCUCAUCAGUUCAUUCUCAUUAACUGUCUGUGGAUCACUGCGUCGACUCAUAACUCUGUUGUGGAAGAAAAUGGGAAAAUGAAACUGGAAUAAUAAAAUAUGAAAUAAUACAAUGA